AUGACCGUCACUGAAGAAAAGGACGGAACCCCAAGCUUGUCAUCAGGCAAGUUGAUAAGAAGGGACACACCGGGUAAGCGCGUAAUAGCAGAGGAUCUAAGCACAUUAGCAACCCCCACGCAGGGUUCUCCAGGGAGGAGCAACUCCCCUAAGGACGACUAUCAUCUCCUAUGUAAAGCGUCAAGUAUGACAAGUGGAGAAUUAAAAGAUUUAACCCAAUCUAUUCACUCUGAUAAUAAAUUAGGGUACCGGAAGAAACCAAAAGCUAAUACAGGGGCAAUGGAGGGUAAUGACAGAAGGAGGGAAACCCCGGAGAGUGCAUUUAUAGUCUCCCUUACCGAUGAAGCUAAGGGGGGCCCCAGGAAAGAUUCUUCCAGGGAUAAAAGUAGGCUGUGCACCUGA